AUGCGGACAGGCACCGCCGAGGGGAACCCCCCAUCGGCGGCGCUAGAGACGAAAGGAGGUGGUCAUCACCGUAAUGAGAGAGACUCAACCACGGUGAGUAUUCAGCAGGCCCUUGACGGCGUUCCUGCGUGCCGGCGUUGGCUAGGCUGGAACGAGUGGAAGGCCUGGAUGGCCGCUGCGGCGCUUGAGCAACUGCAGGCCGACAUGGCUGGAUCUCUUAGACGGGUCUUUGCAGACCCGUGA